GGAGAUGGCCAGCGGAUACCAAGGGCUUUAAGCUAUAUUUCAGAGGAAGAGACUAGAAAACUUUAUGAAAUGAAUGGGGUCGCCAUAAGUCGACAUGAUGAGGCUUCAGGGCACACACACCAGGCCUGUUUCUGGCUACACAAUCCUGCUGGGACCCAAGUGUAGGCCUCAGGCUCUUGUCACAAUCACACAACAGCUCAGCCACUGAACAAAACGUUGCCGUGUGAAGGCAUAAGAUGGUGGUUUAUUGAGUCAACGUACGUGUGACUGAUGUUGUCUGGUACAAGGCUACGUAACUGAACACAGCUGAAGGAACUAAAUACUGCCAAAGAAAUAGGACAGUGACUUGAAGCUUCCCACAUCCUUCACCCUUAUGGCAAGCUACCAGAUACUUAAAUGGUGUUUCUAUCUGGCCUGCCUUGUCCACUUUGUCAUUCUUUUCAGACAUGUCCGCUUUCACUGGAAAACAGGCUAUUGGCAUUGGAAAAAUGAAUUAUCAAGGCAGGACAAAAUAAGACUAAAGCAUUUGCUGCUCACACGGAGAUAUCCUUGGGAACCCAAUGCCAUAGAAGUGGCUCGAUACAGGGCAGAACUAGAGCAAUGCUGCAAUGCUUCCUUCCAGUUAGUCCUAACCAAGGAAAACACACCUCUAGGAUCAAAUAUUAGCUGUUUGGAGGACAAUAUCAAAAUAGCUGUGGAAGCUGAGCUCAUAAAGCUGCUGCCAGAGACAUCACCCUUCUCACAGUCUCAGUACAAGAACUGUGCGGUGGUGGGCAAUGGUGGAACCUUGCGAAACAGCAAUUGUGGACAUGAGAUUGACCAGGCAGAUCUAGUAGUCAGGUUCAACCUGCCUCCCAUGAACUUCUCUGAAGAUGUGGGAACCAAGACAAGUUUGAUUACCAUUAACCCCAGCAUCCUUAAAAAUAAAUUCCAUCACUUGCUGGCUGAGCAGAAGCCCUUUGCAGAUGCUUUGGGCCUUUACAGAGAUGCCCUCAUCUUCCUUCCCAUCUUCACACAUUCUCAUAACAGUGAUGUGGGCUACCGUGUUAUGCAUACAAUAGAGAGAUUUGGGCUGGCACAGAAGGCUUUCUUCCUGAACCCACAGUACCAGGCUAACCUAAAGAACUACUGGAGGAAUAAAAACUUGCAGCCAAAUCGUUUGUCCUCUGGCUUCAUAUUCCUUAGCAUGGCUUUGGAGUUCUGUCAGCGCAUCACCCUCUAUGGCUUCUGGCCCUUCCUGCACGACCUGAACAAUCAGCCCAUCCCUCACCACUACUAUGACAACAAGUUGCCCGAUGAUAAUGUACAUGACAUGCCCAUUGAAUUCUCCCUUUAUCUUCACAUGUAUGCACAGAAUGUGUUGCUUUUACAAUAUGGAAAAUGUCAAUAAGGGUUGGGAAAUGGAGGGGGUCACAUGACCCAAUGGCAAACUGAGCAAUGGGUUUUCAUUACAAUGCCAGGCAUGUGAGGAGUUUUUUUUUCCACCUGAAAAAUGUGUAAAUGUUUUUGGAGAGGUUUGGGGAAGGUUGGAAUUUAGGGGUUCACACAUGCUCUUUCCUUGAAUUAGACUCACCAGCAAUUAUCUUGUUCCUGAGGCUGUUCAUACAAAUCGGGUGACUUUUUGCAAGACACAUAAAGAGCAUAAAUGUUCUUCUAGUAGGAGACUAUUUUGUCUGCAUCCUGACUAUGGCUGAAGCUAGCUAGCUCAGGACACUUGAGAGAAUCUUCUCCAAUUGCUCAACCAAAGCUGUUUUUUCCUGGGGAGGUCCAAUAGGUCCUCUAGUUAUAUUGUUAUUACCGAAACAAGCUUCCAAAAAUGCUUGAUAAGAGUUAUCUGAAUAGUACAAUUGGUUUUUCUCUAGUGCUAAUAUCUCUUUGCUUUCUUCUUGCUUCUUAUAUUGUAAAAUAUUGUGAUUAUUCUAAUUUCAUUGUGGAAAAAUAGAAUACCGAUUGACUCAAAUAAAUAGUGUGGCCCACUAAAUGUUUGACCUCGGUGUCCAUUUGCUCUAGGCAGCAUAGCCAUUGGUGGCUAGUCUUUUAGCAGCAGUGCCACUAAGAGCCCUCUCCUGUUUUCUAGCUAAAUUGUAAAUG